UACUCCUCAUAUUAUUAUUCAGAGAGGAAAAUCGUAUGUUUAUCCAUGUAAUGUUUUAUUUUUGUCUAGGUUUUUGCGUACGGAUACAUGUGGGUGUGUAACAGUCUAGUGGCUUAAUCUAUUGAAAUGUCAAUAACAGAUGCUGAUUUUUAUGUCAUGGGGUUAUUAUUUUCGCAUUAGCACUUUAUUGCAGAUUGUAGUUGUAAAUGCAGUGAAAGGCAGAGAGCUUAUAGGACACUGCAGUGGAGCAAAAGGAAACAAGAUUACUGCAUAUGAAUAUAUCCCAGGUGUAUGGAAAUAAGCUGCUUUUCAAGUUCAUUACUGGCAUUUAUCACUGACCUAUGUCUACUUGUAGUCUGACGUAUGGACCCUUAGCUUCUAGCAUGCAAGGUCUGACCUUACAAAGCGAAGCUGAAGGACAGUGCCUGGAUGAUAGGAGGAAUACAGCUUGAAAACAUUUGGGAACAUCAGUGUUUCUUGUGCAGCAUUCAGUUUGGUGACCAAACACUCUGAAGUAUGCUUAUGAUUCAGCUGAUGCUUCGUCCUGAGCAACUGCCACUGGAGCAAUUAUGAGAAGGUUUUAUUUGAGGCAGAAAUAAGUUAUGUCGACAGGGGGAGCAGAUGAUGAUAUCCCUCAAGCCGAGAGGAAGACCGUCACAGACUUUUGUUACUUGUUGGAUAAAUCAAAGCAACUAUUCAAUGGUUUAAGAGACUUGCCUCAAUAUGGGCAGAAGCAAUGGCAGUCAUAUUUUGGGCGAACCUUUGAUGUUUACACCAAACUUUGGAAGUUCCAACAACAGCACAGACAAGUGCUGGACAACAGGUACGGCUUGAAAAGAUGGCAGAUUGGAGAAAUUGCAUCUAAAAUUGGACAGCUUUAUUACCAUUAUUACCUUCGCACUUCUGAAACCAGUUAUUUGAAUGAGGCCUUUUCUUUCUAUUCUGCAAUAAGACAGAGAUCUUAUUACUCUCAGGUCAAUAAAGAAGACAGGCCUGAACUGGUAGUUAAAAAGCUACGGUAUUAUGCAAGAUUUAUAGUUGUAUGUCUUCUCCUCAAUAAAAUGGACCUUGUAAAGGAGCUUGUAAAGGAACUGUCAGAUGAAAUAGAAGAUUAUACCCAUCGCUUUAAUACUGAAGACCAACUGGAAUGGAAUCUUGUUCUUCAGGAGGUAGCAGCUUUUAUUGAGGCAGAUCCUGUGAUGGUACUAAAUGAUGAGAAUAGCAUCAUGAUCACAUCCAACAGGCUGAUUGAAGGAGGAGUCCCACAGCUGGAACAGGGAAUGAUCGUUGGGCAGUUGGCUUUGGCAGAUGCUUUAAUCAUUGGAAACUGUGCAAAUCAGGUGAAGUUCAGUGAGCUAACUAUUGACAUGUUUAGGAUGCUGCAGGCCCUGGAAAGGGAACCAAUGAACUUGGCAUCACAGAUGAAUAAACCUGGAAUACAGGAUUCAAACGAAAAGCCUGCUAAGCGAGAAAAUCCCCACAAAUACCUUCUCUACAAACCCACAUUUAGUCAGCUUUACACAUUUCUAGCUGCGUCUUUUAAGGAGCUGCCCUCCAACAGUGUUCUGUUGAUUUAUUUGUCAGCGACAGGCGUAUUUCCUACAGGUCGUUCUGAUUAUGAAGGUCCCUAUGAUUUUGGUGGAGUUCUUACAAAUAGCAACCGAGAUGUAGUAAAUGGUGAUGCAAUAUAUAAACGGAAUCAGUCAUAUAAGGAAAUGCACUGCCUUCAUCCUGGUGAUAUGUAUCCUUUUACUAGAAAACCCUUGUUUAUUAUUGUAGAUUCUUCUAACAGUAUGGCUUAUAAGAACUUCACUAACUUAUUUGGACAACCCCUGGUAUGUUUGCUUUCACCAGUUGCGUACCCUAAAGUACUACAAGACCAGUCUCAACGUGGCAGCCUCUUCACUCUUUUCCUUUACAAUCCAUUAAUGGCAUUCCUGUAUAUUUGUGGGUUAUCAAGUAUGCGGAAAGGAUUAUGGGAGAAGUGCCAAGAAUACUUUCGAAAAAUCAACAGAGAUAUAGCACAAUUGUUGACAAGAUCUCGCUCAGUAGAUCAAGCAUUUCUCCAGUUCUUUGGAGACGAAUUUCUUCGCUUACUGAUGGUUCGAUUUGUCUUCUGUUCAGGAGCAUUAAGACUCCAUAAAGCAUUUAGGGAAACACGUAAUUAUCCAGAAACCUAUCCACAGCUACCCAAAGAAGAGACUGUGGAGAGUCCACACCUUCAAAAGCACAUUCUGGAGUUAGCUUCCAUGUUGGAUGUCCGAAACUUGUUUCUAGAUAACACACUUGAAGAUUAUUAAACUUGCCUGAAAAUUGAAAGAUAUUUCUUUUCACUAGUUCAGAUACUAAAAUGUAUAAUUUUCCAUCUGAUGUUCAAUUCAUUUUUUAAAUCAAAUUCUUCAGAAGUUUGUUAGCCACUUCAUUUGACUUGAAAGUGAAGUUACACUAUGGUCUGCUAUGACUUAAAAUCAACAGGUGCACAUUUCAGUGACAUAAGUGAUAUAUCCAAAGUUAUAGUACUAAGAUGAAAAAAGUGCCCACCUCUCACAUAAGUAUAAUUUGUGAUAAUUGCAGCAUUUUUAUGCUGCCAGUUGUUUUGAAACCACUUUAUCCAAAAAUAUUAUAGUUAGGUGAUUUUCAGAUCAGAAAUGUAUACUGUGUCCCAUUUAUUGCAUUUUCAAAUACUACAUUAAUUUUACUCUUUGCCUUUCAAUGCCAUCAUACGAGAAUGCUCAACUUAGAGUUUACAGGUUCAUAAGCUGUGUAUUUAUUCAACUUUUGUGAAAUUGUUCUCAUUGAAGAGCUGUUGCUGAAUCAUGCAUUUUGAAGUAAUCAUUUCCUACAUUUUAGAAGGACUUUAAGCUCAUUGUAAUAAGUAGUUAAUGUCUGGGAAUGUUAAAAAAAUAUGUGACAGAAAUAUUAAAUGAAAACUGUUGCUCACAUCUGCUUCACAUGGCUCCAAGUGAGAUAAUGGUAAUAAAUCUUCUAAGAGAUUAAAUCUAAAAUCUGUUACAGUGGCAAACACAAAAAUAAAUGUGUAUAUAAUUUUGCACACAAAAUAAACAUUACUUUAAAUACA